AAGAUAUUUGAAAAUGAUAGAGUCUGUGGAACGAAAAAUGAACCACUUGGAUACGACGUUCCAUGAAAGAACAAACAGUAUUCUUAAAUACUUGUCCGAAAUGCUACGAAUGAUCAAGGCUUCUUCGUCUGAAAUGCUUGAAAAGGCUUUAAGAAACGUCAAAACCGAUUUGGACAAGCUGAAGCAUACGAUGUCAGAGCGAGUGGACGAACACCCUAACAUGCGAGUAGAAGGGGGCGAGUACCGCUUAGAUUCUAACCUGGAUUCCCGUCUCACGUUCCUAGAGACUCACGUGAAGACUAUACAGGCUGGAGUAGAAUCCAUUGUGUCCACCAUAUCCGAGGUCAAAAACCGGCAGUAUUCGAGAAACUUUCCCAUCAAAUCGGAGGUUGCAACAUCGUCAGACACCAUGUCUAUCAUCAACGAGUUCAGAAAGACGCUUCGUGAACAGAAAACCAAGAAAUGCGAGUGCAAGAGUGGGAGGGUUGAUCGAUCUGAGCGGUAUCCGACAGACUGUCACGAGAUCCAAGUGCAAGGGUUCAACGUGUCAGGUAUCUACAAGAUCAGGCCUGAUGAUAUGGAGCCGUUCUACGUGCUGUGUGACCUCACGACCGCAGGAGGAGGCUGGACGGUAUUCCAAAAUCGUUUCGACGGUUCUCAAGACUUUUACAAAGGCUGGAAUGAUUAUGAGUACGGUUUCGGUAACCUUGCUGGGGAGUUCUGGUUGGGAUUGGAAAAGCUCAAUUAUCUGACGAAUCAGAAGCUGUAUGAAUUGAGGAUUGAAAUGGAAACGCAGCACGACCAGGACGCGUACGCAGGCUAUUCCGUGUUCACGGUGGGACCUGAACAUGAAGGGUACAGAAUCAGCACGCUCGGCACCUUCUAUGGAACGGCAGGCGACUCUCUCUCGUACCACGCUGGUCAGAAGUUCUCGACUUACGAUGUGGAUAACGAUGAGUGGAAGGACGGCGCUUGCGCAACGGAGCACGGUGGCGCGUGGUGGUAUAAGGAAUGCGAUAAGAGUAACCUCAACGGAAAAUACUCGAUGACUACAGAAGAAAACAGAGGGCAAUCAAUGUAUUGGAUUUCGUUCAAAGGACCGAACUUCCCACUUUCGAAGACAAAGAUGAUGAUCAGGCCGCUGCCUGCCAGUAAACCGAUAGACUACAUGGACACAAGCAGGAAAACUAUAGAAGGUCCGCAACUGAGACCGGUGCCCGAAAAAAUUAGAGUAAUACCCAUAAAGUCGGGACUACGAACGCAGAAUGUAAAGGGAAUGUACGGCGUAAUCCCCAGCCAGAGUCAGUACAGAUACGACGAGCCCUCAGCAGACGCUUUCUUCCCCAACUACGCGUGA